UUAUUCUGUUACUGCUCAGCUACUUGUGCUGUCAAAAUAACAUCUCAGUUUUGCACUGUCUUGUGUAAUGGGAUGUAGGCCAAUUGCUGUUGCUUCAUUAUUCUGAUUAAGGGUGUCUUUUAUGCAUUGUUGCAGAACCACUGCAGUUUAUAAUAGUGUAAUACAUCUGUGAUUUAAUGUCAGUGGUGAUGACAUGGGGUGUGAUUUGUCUACUCAUGUACAGUUGCUGAUCACAAAUUAAAAUGUCAGUGUCCUCCAAGAGGUUGUAUAAUGUAGCAGUGUUAUGUCCUGUCCUUACUCGUGGAGUCUGGCACUUCUUUAAAGUUCAUUUCCUUUGCCGACUGCCAGAGUGGUUAUUUAAUUUACGACAGAGAAGAUCUAAUCAUUCUGCUCUCUGAUAUCUUCUGCUUACUCUGUCAAAAAUGAGAGCUUGACAUUAGUUCGCCCGAGAGUGCUGUUUUACAUCAUUGUGCAGUUGCCCUACAUUUUCCAAAGGGUGAAUAAUUACAUUUCAGACCCUUGUUUCCUGAGAAACGCAGGCUCCUUGACUCGGUGCAAUUAUCGAGUAUUGUAAGGGAUAAUUUUGUUGUCUGGGUGCUAUGUUUCCAUCACAAUGAAGAGCCAUUAAAGUGAUUUAACGUUCUUCAAUGAAUCCCAGACAGUUUUGUUUUGAUGCUCAAGAGUCAAGACUAUUACAUUCGUGAUGCUGUACUACUCCAUUUGUUCUCAUUUCAAGUUUAGAAUGAUGACGGCUCAAUGGUUGGACACAGUUCACUGGUCACGAUGGCAACACCCAUCCGUAGCACGCGCUCCAGCAGGUGUAUCUCACUGAUCAUCCCUAAAGCCAACACCUCAUUUGGCCGCCUUUCGUUCCAGUACUCUGCUGCCUGUGACUGGAACGAAUUGCAAAAAUCGCUGAAGUUGGAGACUUUUAUCUCCCUCACCAACUUCAAACAUCAGCUAUCCGAGCAGCUAACCGAUCGCUGCAGCUGUACAUAGUCUAUAGGGAGGAGUGCCUGCCUUAAAUUCCAUACUACUCCCAUGAAGCUGACAGGAACCAUCAUACCACUGUGGGGACAGACACUUUUAAGCCGGCACCCUGCGGCAGACGGCCAUGCCAAGGUUGUUUUUGUGAGUAGCAACGAAUGUCCCAUGUUGCAUUAGUGUCUGUGUGAAAUGCUGGCCUGCCUGCCAGGGCCAGGUGACCUCUCCCUCCAGCUUCUUUCCCACACGCAGAUGAACACUGGACUUCAGAAAUGGGACACUACACAGAGGAUGAGAUCCGCUCAGUAUCCAACCCCUGCGGAAUUGGAUGCUUAUGCUAAGAAGAUUGCCAACAACCCCCUGACCAUCAAGAUCUUCCCCAACAGUGUCAAGGUCCCCCAGAGGAACCACGUGCGCCGCACAGUCAACGGGCUGGAUACUUCAGGCCAGCGCUACAGCCCCUACCCCCCCUCUCAGGCCAACGCCAAGGCCGGCCUCCUUGCCAUCGUCAAGGUGCCUGUCGUCAAGGGCAUCCUCAAAGACUUUGACGGCAGCCGGUCGCGCCUGCACCCCUCUGGGGUCAUCAUGAACCCCCCUGGUCCUCGGGGGCCCUUUACAGCAGCGGUGUCGGCCAGCACUUUAAACCUUCACCAACCCCCUUCCCAAGGCCAGGGCGGGUCCCAGUCUCAGCAGAGCCUGAACCCUCAACUUGCGAGCCAGACUCACCCACAGACUCUACAACAGACCCUACAACAGACCCACCCCCAGCAGCAGCAGGGCCUCAGACACCCACCCUGCAUGCCUCAACAGCAGCACCCGCAACAGGGGCUGCCCAGGCCCCAGACACUGUCCCACCCCCAAGCACUGGGCCAUCCCCAGCCUCCUUCUGGUCUCACCCUCUUGCUCCAACAGCAGCAGCAACAGCACCUUCAGCAGCAGGGGCAGCCACCUCGUGGACUGCAGGGUGGCCGGAAGCUGCCCGAUGCCGACGCACCGCCUAACGUUACAGUCUCUACCUCAACCAUUCCGCUCACCAUGGCUGCUGGCCUGAACCAGAGUCGCCAGCCAGACCUGAGCAGCAUCGUGCACCAGAUCAACCAGUUCUGCCAAGCCCGGGCCCAGGGGGCUGGAGCCACCUCCAUGUGUGAGGGCCAGAUUGCCAACCCCAGCCCCAUCAGCCGCAACCUCUUCAACAAUGCCUGCUCCAGGGUGUCCAUGCACAGCAACCCGCACACCAACGCCUGCCCCCCCGGCCUGCCCCCACACCCCAACUGCAUCAUGUGUCCUGCAGACAAGGCUGCUGUCCCCGCUAACCCCCAAAACAACAUGGCUGCCAUGAACAGGAUGCAUGUUUACCACAAUGAUCUCAAACAGCAGCAACACCAACAUAAUUUACAACAGCAGCACCAACAGCAUUUACAACAGCAACACCAACAGCAUUUACAACAGCAGCAGCAUCAACAACAACAACAUAAUCACCAACAGCAGCAGCAGAUGCGCUGGAACCAACAGCAGUUGGCUUAUCUACAGCACAUGCAGCAGGAGAGUGGGGGCCACCCCUGCAAGCAUCCUUCUCGAAUGGGCUACCCCCCGGAGCUGUGUGGGGGCCAUUCAUACAGCCUGAAGCCUCCUAUAGAGAAGCCCACCCCCUCUCCUCCCAUCAACAACAACGGCAUGCCUGGGGGUCCACUGGCCCACUACACCAAUGGUGGCCACUACUUCCAGCCACACACUGUGUGGAACAGCAGCAUCCUGCCCACGCCCAACAGCGACAGCUCUGGGUCUCAGGACCUGGCCAUGCCGUUCCAUGGGGGCACCACCACGCUAGACUGCGGCGGGCCCCCUGGGGGAGGCCAUUACAGGCCCGGGGGCGGCGGCUCCACCUCCUCUUCCUCCUCCUCCAGCCAGACUAGUCUGAUGAAAACAGCAGAUUACUUGGGCGGGGACUUUCAGACGCCCUGCUUCCGAGAUCAGAAUCUUGGGCUGAUAGGCAAGAUGCAUAGGCCACCAAUGAACAGGGUGGGGCCCGAGGUUGGCCCAGGGGACGGCAGAACCACUCAGAUCCAGCACCCAGGGUACAGAUAAGAUAAGCUAUGGCCGGCAUUGUCUAUACAGCCGUUAUCAAAAACAAGAACCUUCUUCUUUUAGUCUUAAGAAUGGAAAAACAUGAAAUACAAUUAAAUUAAGUAAAAAUGAACACUGACAUUAAAAAAGGACAGAUAUAUUUAAUAAAGAGCAGUGUUUUCUUUUUUUGUAGUCAAUCUUGCAAGUGAUCAAUUGAUUUUGUAAAUGAGUGCUUUCAGUAGGCACCCUCUAGGGAACGUUUCUUAUGUAUGUGAUUGUCGUCAUUCCCUACCUUUUUUCCCAUCCUACCUGUCUGUCAGUGUGCCUGGAUCUGAGGAUACAGAGUUAUUUUUACUUCAGAUCUGUCCUAAGAGUUUUUUUCUUUUAAGCAUAAAAGAUGUCUCCUGCAGACGAUGAAUGAAAAUGCACUGAUCGUUGGAGGAAAGAAAACACAUUCUCAUAAGGAUCUUGAUGUUUUUGCAGGGUCGAGUGGGGAUUUCUCCGCUCCGACUAGUUUUAUUGGACAAGUGGCUAAUUUUCACUUAUUAUGUUUACAUGUGAUUCUCGUUGUGACAUCGAAAUUAAAAGCAUAUAUAUAUAUUUUCCUCUUGAGAGAUGAUUAGUGAAUGGUUCAGUGUGGAACUGUCAGUCACUGGACACUACAAAGUACAGACGGAGAGACUUGCCAUAUGCACAUGUACAAAGAGGCUUCUUUUUCUUUUAACGUAUUUAUUAUUUGUGUAAUAGGACUGUUUUAUGAAUCAGGUCACCCACUCUUCAAGGUUGAUUCCUGUCUAUCAUCGAAGUAUCUAAUCAGGUUGAUGUUUGUACAGAGUAUAGAUAUAUACUGUAUUGACAUCUAGAUCCUGCAGGGAGCAAUUUAAUGUGGGGACUGACUGGGGGAGCCAACCAACCGAUGCGCUCUUGCUCAAAAUGCUGCAAUGAAUUCAGGUGUCUGUUACAAUCCAUUUUGUCACCAUUGCCAAUUGAGGUUGGCAACAUGAUUGUGGAAUAACAUAUUUUUAUUUAAAUGGAGUGGGAAAAAAAUCAAAUCUGUUCAUUCUGUCUGAAUCCUGAAAUGGCCAAAGUCACAUAAUUGACAAGGAAAAACACCUUUUAAAAUAUGUGCCAUUUUAUGUUGGUUACAUUUUUUUCCUAUAAUUUUGGUAAACCCGAAAACUAUUACUUGAAUUGUUGAGAUGCAAAGUUCUGUUUGGCAGUUGUUUAGUGAAGGGAGGGGGCUAGUUCAGGACUACACCUUACUACUGGAGUGGAAGAAAUAUAAUUGUUACUAAUAUUAUAUUAGAAACUAACGAUGAACCAAAAGCAGAGUUUUGAUCCUGAGUUAUUUUUAAAUGUUUUAUUUAUCAUUAGGUUAAGUUAGGUCUAGUUGCUACUGAUUCUGAUAUGAAGUGUGCUUGAAGAGACCAAAUUGAUCACUUGCAAGAUCACUUGGAGUUAAACAAAGUUAAACAGCAAAUGCAUUGUUUAUUUUAUUGUACACUGGCUUACCUACUAUACUACUAACUUUAAAGUGUAGUGUGUGUGCGUGUCUGUGAGAAUGAUGCCUGCUGACGUGGGUUGAGUGUAAAUGUGUGUUUUGUAUGUGCUAGUGUGUGUCUGUAUGUGAGAGUGGGUGGACACUGACAUCCACAUUCUGUUCACCUCCCUCCCAAACAGCCCUUAAAAAGCCUUAAGUAUUUGGUCCUUGGACUUUCCUUUGAAAACAAGCAUGGUUAUAAUGAAAAUCAAAAAUUAUGAUUGGAAGGAUACAUACAGAGGAACCGCAAUUUCUGUUAAACAUUUUUUUAUACUGUUUUUGUUUAAUAGAAAAAGCAAUUCCUUAGAUUCUUUUUUUUUAUGAAAACAAGAAAUGGAGUAAUAUUUUGUAAUUAUAUUUUAAAUCUGUGUAGUUACUGGGUUGUAACAAAAAAAAUCAAAGUUUCAAAGCUUCACUUGUGACUAUUUAUAAUACUUGAUUUUCUUGUUAUUUAAAUAUUAUUUUUCCUCUUUGUUCCUUUUACUAUUGCUGUGAAAUGGAAGAAGGCCCAAUAAGCCUUUCUUUUACAUAUCACUCUGGCUGUACGACAGAUAAGACGCAAAAGCGUGAGAGUUGUGCUACUCUUUUUGUAAUAUUGUAAUAAUUAAAUAAAGUUCUAAUUUAUGCUUUGAAAUUUGUGUUCUAUGGAUGUCAUGUUCUUUUGAUGCCUGUUCUCCUAUUUGAUGAGCUGUACAGAACUUACAAAAAUAUGAGUAGGCCUAUUUGUAUGUAUAAGUUUACUACCCUUCAUUCGGUGAGAACAGAUGGAACAAAUUGGAAUCUUAUUAACCUUGUUUGUGUCCAGACCAUAUACCUGUCUGCUCACUGCCUAGCAGAUCUGCAUGGGUUACCCCCCCCAUUGAGGUUUAUAGUGUUACCCCCUGAUUGCUUGAAUGAUUUCCUUAGAUAAGACUGUAUUCCAUGUCUUUUUCCAUUUUAGUCCCUCAGAAUUCAUUUCAAUAGUAGGUUACUGUGUGAAAUAAAGAUUUACCUGCAUCAUCA